UUUGUUUCGUCGGGAGUCGAGGAGACAUACUUCAGAACUCUCUCCCUCCUCUCUCUCUCUCUCUCUCUCUCGGCUGUGGAACUUUCAGCAACUCGUUCAGGAACCUAAAGAGCUGAUGCCUGAUCGGAAAGGUUUUUGAUGUUCAUUCUCUCUUAUCUUGGAGAAGAUGUCCACUUUCAAGAUUUAAACCUAUUAAUGGUACGUGUUCUGGCUUGCUGAUUGACUUCUUUUCUCUUGAGCAAUAGAAAGAGGAGGUGGCUAUGUCAGCACUAUACCUCUUGGUCAAUCUUAUUUACAAAAUUGAAAAUAUUACUCAGGCAUUUAACUUAAGAAUCUACCUCGACUGAGAUGAAAAUGGACUUGCCAGCUUUUCUAGUGUCGACUAUUCUUUUUAUCCAGCUGGAGAAAGAUUUCACUAGCAAGAUUACAAUCAAUACAACUGGGGAAUGUUCAACUUUUGGUGGUGUCAUAAUUGCCACCGCAAAUCACUGAUUGCCUCGGGCAGUUCACUAAGUUGGGUGAGUCAACAGUACUUUGAUAAUUGGCUUCAAGAAGCUCAGAGGUACAACUUAAAUGGAAAUGACAGUUUGACCAUAUUAUUAGAUACGUUGAGAAAGCUGCAUGUGGACCAGGAGAAUUCAAAAGGAACUUAUCUGAUGCUUGGGACAAGGUUCUGAAUAAUGAAUAUGGAUGGAGAAACACAGGACCUUAGCAAGAGCUCAAAUUCUCGUGACCAUGAGCAAAGAUGUACUCUUGAAUCAAGAUCAUCACCAGGAGUGAAGUCUUCAGAUUGUGUAAAUUCCAGAAGUCCAUUAAAAGAGGGUGCCCAUGUAGAAGGUGAGACAAGUGGUUCCAAAGCCCAUCAUCUUUCCAAUCACUUGGAACCAGUGAAUGAUGUGAAUGUUUCAUUUCGUAUUAAAGGAACCUUAAAGACAGCUUCAGAUAAGGAAAAUGCAAAAGGUUCUCCCUUAGAGGCACACCAUCAUGGCUCUAUUUCUGAGGAAGUCAUGGACAACAAAUGCCGAUGCCUUACAGAUACAGAUUUACCUCUGGGUACCUCGGAAAGAACUGCUUCCACAAUUAAAUGCAGGUCUUUAGAAAAUCGAACUGCUCUUAAUCAUGAAAAGGCUUCAGAAAAUCCUGAAGUGAAAGAGCAGGAUGAUAAGAAGCUUGUUACACCAUUAGCUCCUAAUGUUGCCGCUCAAAAGGACUUAAUUGAAGCUGAUUCAUGUGAUGUUGAUGUGAAAGUGAAGGAGAAAAUGGUCUGCAAACAUCUUGAGGAUUCUCAUAUUUCAGAGGAAAAAAACUUGAACAAGGGUGUUGAUGAUGGGUCACCAAAUUACUGGAAAAAAGUAAUGGAGCAGAGACCUGAGAAUCAGAUUGGUGAGCCUUUGGGUUCCAAGUCCAUCCAAUAUGCAACUGGGACCUUGCUUGGAAAACAAGAAAUCUCAGGUUCUAUAUCAGAAGAUGAUGGAAGUUUUAGAACAGAAGAUGGAAGGAACACUUUUCCUUGUAAAUUGGAUAUGAAAAUCAAGCGUGAAGGCUCCAUGACCUCAGUUGAGAAGGUCAAUGAUUCUAAAGUGAAUCUGGAAAAGAAAAAUGAAAAUUUCCUUAAGAGUAGUGCAGAUAUGGAGUUCGCAUAUGCAGUUGACGAUGCUCUGGAGGUGGCUCGGCAGGUGGCAAAAGAAGUGGAGGAGGAAGUCGGUAUUUAUAGAGAGGCACUUUGUAGCUCUUCCUGUGAUAAGGACAUGAACAUUGAAACCACUGUGAGCACCGCUGAUUCCAUAGAAGCUGAGAAACAUUCAAUGGUUACUGGGGAUGAGCAGGAGCAAAUCACUCAAGACAGUUCUGAAUCUUCUGAUGAUGAGAUGGGCUCCAAGAGGGCAUCUGGAUGUGAAGGGUUGAUUUCAGAGAGGAAAGAUGUAAUACGAGAGGAGAAAUGUUCUUCAAUGAUGAAAAAUGAGGACAGGCUAUGUGAACAGGAAUCAUCUCAAUUGACAACCAUGGCACAAGAAUCAGCCACCAAUGAUCCCCGACAUCUCUGCGGUUUUGAUUUAAAUGAAGAAGCUGAUUACCCAGAUCAAUCAAUGGCGGUGACUGUUUCUUCUAGCUAUGUUAAUAACUUGACUGCACCAAUCCCUGUGGUGGGUUUUCUAAGAGGGCCUGUUUCCUUACCUGUAACUCCAUUGCACUUCGAAGGCAAGCAAAGCUGGAUAGGAUCUGCAGCAACUAGUGCAUUUCGUCCAGCCUCACUUCGAAGGACACCUGAUAAAGACAGUGCAUGUUCUGUUGAGGAGAGCAACUCUAACCUGAAGCAUUCUCAACGUUCCCUCUGUAUUGACCUUAAUGUUGCCGAUUCUUGUGAUGAUACAGCUAUGGAUUUGUUAUCACAAAAGGAGGUCCCCAUCUCAUCUGGUCAUCCUUCUGGAGACUCUUCAAUUGAGGUCAGUUCGAGAAGGGCAGAGAAGCUCAAUUUGGACCUUAAUCGUCUAAGUGAGCAAGAUGAUAACUGCAAAGAUCUCUUAUCUGAUUGGAGGAUGGAAAGCCGAUUACCGCAGCUUAGAAAUGGGGUCUGUAGCCCUUCACCUACAUCAUCGUCGAGGCCUUGUGUGAGGGAUUUUGAUUUGAAUGAUAACCCAUCAUCCCAUAGUGAGGUGCAUGAUCGUCAAGCACCUCAAGGAACUGGUGGAAAAAGUGGGAUUUCCAAUGUUUCUGUUGUUUCCAUCAUGGGAACGAGAGUUGAAGUUAAUUGUAAUAAUGCUCCAUCGGCUCCUGCACCUAGGGUUGAUCCAAGCACGAUGCAAAACUUUAGUGGCAGUCAGUAUGGACCAGAAUUCAUGAAUCAGUCAUUUUUGUUGUCUGGGCCUGCUCUCUCAAUGGCACAAGUGGGGAGAGUGCUACCUAUUCAGGCAACUCUUGCUUAUACAGGGCCACCUGCUUUUGCUUACAAUGGUAUGGGACUUGGCCACACAAUUCCUCUACCUUCCUCCAUGUAUGCAUCAGGUGGUGUGCCUUACAUGGUGGACUCUCGUGGGGCUACAGUUGUUCCCCAAAUCAUGGGACCUGGCAGUCUUUCCUUUCAAAGAGCUUCCCCAUAUGUCAUGGGAGUUGCCAGUGCAUCAGCCGUGAAUGGUAUUGGCAUUUCAUCAAGGCCCAACCUUGACCUGAAUAACUCAAUGGUGGAAGAGCAGAUGAAGUCGUUUCAGCAGGUUGCUUCAUCUGGGUCUGUUCCUCCCAUGAAGAGGAAAGAGCCAGAAUGUGGGUGGGAUUCUUACCAAUUCGCCUACAAACAUAAUACAUCAUGGCGCUAGAUUAUUGAGGCUACAGUAUAAAUUACUCUAUGACCUUUUGUAUCUGGGCUACUUUUGUCUCCAUUCAAGUUUGAACUUUUUACAUUCUUUUCAGGGGCCUGACCUGCUGAAUUGAAACCAAGAGUGGAAACCUGAUAUGGGUUUUCCAAGCAUGCCAUUUCACACCCUUGUAAUUUCUCUUUUGACAACAUCAUCUUCAUCAGCCUCCCCACUGCGCUAGUUCACUUUAUUGGAACUAAAUGACUGCCCAUCCGCUGGUUCGCAAUUCGUAGUUUGUGUGAAAUAAUUAUUACCUUUUCGGUUCGUCAUGAAACCUAUAUCCUUCCAUUUUUUUUGGUCACUGUGCAAUGUAGACCUAUGCAAGGGGGGUCUCCUGAUUAGUAUUGUACAUGUUAUUUUUCAAAUCAUAUUGCUCUAACAAAUGUAAUUCCUAUAAAUCUACUAUGAACGUGGUCAUUUUCUUACUACUAUUGAGCUACUCUUGGAGUUGUGUGCAUAAGCCAUCCUACCAGAACAUUGAU